AAGUGUCUUCCGUGGCUGACCGGGCUGAGACAUGGCGGUCAGUUUUAGCAGCUACGGUUUCCAAACUGCAUCGCCGGUCUCAUGGCGGCGGUGGAGGGCGGCGGCUUCGACUGUGGAGGAGGUGGAGAUAAGGGUGUGUGUGAAUCGGAGCUGCGGGCGGCAGGGGUCGAGGGAGAUGCUGGCGGUGCUCUCCGCUCUUGCGCCCACGGGGAUCGCUGUCACCUCCUGCGGGUGCCUCGGCCGGUGCGGCGCCGGGCCCAACCUCGCCGUCCUCCCCGCCGGCUUCUUGGUCAGCCACUGCGGCACCGCCUCCCGCGCCGCUCAGCUCCUGGCCGAUCUCUGCGGCUCCGCCUUUGACCCCCAGAGGAAUCUGGAGGCGUUCACCCUCAGGAAGAAGGGAGAGAACGAGCUCGAGAAGGGGAACGCCGCCGAGGCCGAAGCGCUUCUUUCCCAGGCCAUUGGUCUCGAACCUUCUGGAGGUUUGCAUUAUAUAUACAAAAGCAGGUCAUCUGCAAGAUUAGCUAUCGGCGACAAUGCUGGUGCUUUUGAUGAUGCCAAUGAAGCAUCUAGGAUAGAUUCCAAAUAUCCUCAGGCUUAUGUAUGCCAAGGCGAUGUAUUCUUGGCAAGGGGAGAAUGGGAUGCUGCAGAAAAGGCAUAUUCAACUGCUUUGCAGCUUGAUCCAUCAAUUCGUCGCUCCAAAUCAUUCAAGAUGGCAGUGCAGCAUCAGAGGGAGGGACGGCGGCGGAGGGAGCGGCGCCGCCGCCGGACAAUUGCCGGAGAUCAGCCGUCAUCGAGUGGACCGCAUGGAUUGCCUGCUCCAGUUGGGGCACGCUGAACGGCGGUACGCUUGCUGCCUCCACCGCAGCCGCCGGCGCCAUCCCGCCCGCCACGUCGACCACGUACUCCGGCGCGAUCCUCCGCCUGGCCUCCUCCAAGAUCUCCUCCGCCCGAUCGCACGUCACCUUGAACACCUCCCACCGAUUUUUGAAGUUCUCGAGCGCCACCUCCAUCGCCGCCGUCCGCCGCCCGCAGGUGGCCUCCUUGACCUCGAGCAACCCCGCCGCUGCCGCUACUAAGUCGUCGUACGCAUCGCUCAUCGCGUCCACAGUGCUCUCCAUUAGCGAUGCGAUUCUGGGGCUGGGAUAAUUUCUUGGCCCACGUCUUCAUAAUUUAUAGAUGGUUGUCAGUAAUAUAACACUAUUCAAGUUUGCGACUACUUCAAAGAUAAGGAUCCCGACUUCCAGGCCGAAUUUAAG